CAAAAUUUUGACACUAGCGACUAACCUCAAUAAACAAGAAAAAAAAAGGAGAGAUCGCUAAAGUGUACUAUCACUUUUUAUUAAUUGUAGUGUGAAAUAAAAGUAGAAUGUCUUCUCCCGAAAAUGAAAAUAAAUGCUCAUCACAUGAAAAUUCUUCUCCAGAAUCAGAUAUAUUAGAAUAUCUCAAGAUAAAAUUGGAAAACGUUAUUAAAUUUCGCGAUAGGUAUUUCGAAGAGCAUAGUUUAGAAGAUGCUAUUCAUAAAAAUGAUGAUCUCAAGAAGCUUCAAGCUGAAACCCUAAAAAUAUUUGAUGAAAAUGAAACAGCUGCAACUCAAAUAAAUAAGGCACAAUAUUUUUUUAUGAAAGGAGCCCUAUUAAAUGUCGUUUCCGAAUAUAAUAAAGAUGCUGAAAAUUUACUUUCAAAGGCAAUAAAAUUAGAUAGAAAACUAGUAGAAGCUUGGAAUGAGCUUGGAGAUUGCUAUUGGAAAAAUGAUGAGUUUAAGAAAUCACAAAGCUGUUUUGAAGGAGCUUUAAAAGAGAGGAAGAAUAAAGUUUCCCUGCGAAAUCUUUCUAUGUUAUCAAGGCAAGAAGUUGUAAAUUUGAAAGCUGAACGCAUUGCCAAUGUUGAAAAAGGUCUGAAUUAUGCCAAGGAAGCAGUACAGUUAGAUCCCCAAGAUGGACUCUCAUGGUGUUGUUUAGGCAAUGCUCAUCUUUCAUAUUUUUUUUAUGUUCAACAAAAUCCAAAAAUUAUGAAGCAAUCUAUUAGCGCCUAUUUUCAAGCGGAAAAGGACAUAGUUGCUAGAAGUUCACCUGAUUUACAUUACAAUAAAGGAAUUGUUUUAAAAUAUAAACAAGAAUUUAAAGAAGCUUUAGAAUCUUUUAAAAAAGCUAGUUUAUAUGAUCCAGCUUGGGACAGACCAAAGGUUAGAGAGCAACAACUUGUACAAUAUCUGAAUGACAUAGUAGAAUUGGUUUCAACCAAAGGAAAAAUGAAAAACAAAAGAUUGAAAAACCUUCUCAAUUCUAUAAAUUCCAAACAUUUGGGACCAUAUCUAGAAGAUACAAAAAACAUUGUUACUGGUGCUAAUGCAAAAUUAAUCCCAGUAAAUAUUCAAGGACUGACAGCUGGUUUGAAUGAAUUGAAAGUUUUGUUGGGAAAAGUGGUUUGCUCAGUAAGAAACGAAGAAACAGUUCCUUUUACUUUUUGCAUGGUAGAUGAAACAGGAGAUUGUGUUGUAGUCACAUUAUUCAAUUUAGCAGAUGGAAAGGGAGUUAUAAUUGGUGAUUCUAUAGCAAUUCCUGAACCUUUGGUGACUGAUGUUGAUUUUGAGUACAAUUCUGUUGGAUAUAAGUUCAGACUUAUACGUGUGGAAACGCCAAUUCUUCUAGCAGUCAACGGCAAACUCCUUCAAAAAGACCAAACAGCAGGUGUUCAAAUGUCCAUUUCCAGAAAAUUUGAUUGACAGUCAUUUCUUCCCACAGAGGAUUGAGGAAUAAAUUGUGUUUUGAGACAUCAGUGAAACUUUUUGUGUACUAAUAAAAAUGUGAUUGAUUACAAUAUCUUAAACGUCUAAAAUUUAACUAAUAUUUUAAUUUUUAACUGUCCAUGUAGUAUGUUUCACAAAUGGCUGUGAAUAGACCAGAACUAUUUAGAUGAUUUCGGAUCUAUGACUGAUUUUAAAAGAACAAUGAGUGAAUCUAUUUGAUGUAUGAUUUAUUGUCAAAAAAAUAGCAUUUUUGUGGAUAUAUUAUAUUAUGAUUUUGUAAAUACUUAUCACUGAAUAAAAACAUUGAAAUAUU